CGCGGUCUCCGCCCUCCCGCCCGCAGCUUUCCCAAAUCGCUUCCAAAAACAAUCCGGACUUUCGUGCGCCUGGCGGCCCGGCUCCGCUUCCCCUCCCACCGCCCCUCUCUUCGUCCACGCCGAUUCGAAGUUUCGAACUCCGGAUCCAAUCCCCUCCGCUCUCCCAAAUCGAGCAGGAGGCGGGGGAUCCUAGAUUCAAUUCCUCCCCGAAUCUCGCCACCGGCUUCGCUAUCACGGAUCGGCGGGAAUCCCCGAGGUUGUCGUGGAUUUGGGCAUGCCUUAGCCAGCCUGCGGCGAUCGUUUCGUGGUCGGGCUCGCCAUGUCGUGGCGACGGUUCAACGUUCACCAGGGGGUGACUCGGUCAGGGAUGCGGCCGAUGGGGAGGUGCUCCACGCAGAAGCCUGCGCCAUCCACCGUGGUGGUUAUUGAUGAAGACGAUGAUGGGGACGGUUCCUCCGAUUCAGAGGUUUUCAUAUUUGAUGGCUCCACCGGGGAAGCCCCUGCGGCGUCUGGGUGUCAAACCAAGAAAGGCAACGGCUCCCCUGUGAUUAACAUAGAUGAUGAUGAAGAGGUGGCGAAGGGUACUGGAGGGGAUAAGGCAGGCCCCAGCAUAUCUCGUGCUGCUGGGUCUCCAGCAGCGACGACGCCGGGGCGUGGUUCUCCGAGAAACAGAUAUGGGUUGGAUUGCACAUCUGACAGCUCUGAGAGUGAUUCAUCCGAAGGAUGGGACACUGACUCCAAUGAUGGUGGCAGCUCGGAUUGUGAGAUUCUGGAUGACACAUCUGGGACAGCCCGUAAGAUGUGGGAGACAGCUGCUUCAAGAAAAAAGAUGCCUCAUGGUAUCACUGAGUGCAGAGAUGGUAGGGCUACUGCAUACACAUCAAGUUCUGAGUCGGAGACACAACAAGAUGAAAAUGCAGAGGGCCUCUUUUCUGAGAAAUGCCAUCUAGACGAGAACAUAUUUUGGUGUUUUCGCGAUGGAUGGAACGAAGAUGCACAAAAUGGUACUGGCUGUGCAAAGAAUAGCCCUGCAGAAUGCCAUCUAAAUGAGAACAUGCAUUUUAGUUAUGCCUGGAAAGAAGGUGUGCAAAAUAGUACUGGUGGUGCAAAGGAUGGCCAUGGACCUUCUUCAGUGCCAAAUGCCAAAGAAUGUUUGAAUGGAAAUGUUUCCAAUGGAAAAGAAACAGAAUUUGUGAAAAAUAGUGAUGAUGGUGAAAAGAAUGGCCCUGCAGAAUGCCAUCUAAAUGAGAACAUAUUUCAGUAUUUUAGUGAUCCGUGUGAUGAAGGUGCACAAAAUAGUACUGGCGGCGUAAAGGAUGGCCAUGGCCCUUCUUCAGUGCCAAAUGCCAAUCAAUGUUCGAAUGGAGAAGAAACAGACUGCAGGGCAAGUUCCAAUCUAGAUCCUGAUACGGCCUGUAAUGAUAAAAUGGCUCACUCCCACGAUGGUGCUGUACCUGAAAAAGCCCCAGAUGGAAUUCAAUCUCCUCACCUAGAUGGAACCUUUGUCUAUAGCUUUGUCUCUGCAAACAGGGUGUUUCCCACAAGGUCCGCAGCAGAUCGGAAAGAUGGAAGUCCUCCAAUGUUUGUCAGUACUCCUGAAAAGAUUGAUGAGAAGAUACCUGGAGGCGUAUAUUCACAAAAGGAUCAGUCACCGCCAGAUGCUCACAGCGUAAUUAACAAAGAUAUGUAUUCUGCACAAAAUGAUGGUUCUGUCAGUGGUCAACAAACAGAAGUUCCACCUUUUACCAGCACAUGUGAGUGCUCAAGACAAUUUGGAGAAAACUGUCCACAGGUACAAGCUAACUCUUGUGCAUAUGCUGCAGCCUCCAUUAAGAAUACUUUUGUAAAUGUCACAUCAGGGAGUUUCUCUUUAUCUUGGAAGGAUGUGGUUGAUGAUCCUGAAAAAUCAGGACACCUUACUUUGAUUCAAGAUGCUUCAGGCUUUCGGGAUGGUUUGAUUGGUGAACGUGAAAAGCACAAAGAAUCUGUUGAGUACAAACGGGCAGCAGAGGAGGAGUGGGCAUCCAGACAACGUCAAUUACUAAUACAGGCUGAGGAAGCAAAGAAACUGCGGAAGAGAAAGAAAGCUGAAGCUUUACGAUUGCUUGACAUGGAGAAGAGACAAAAGCAAAGAUUACAAGAAGUCCGUGAAUCACAGAGAAAGAAUGAAGAAGAUAUACAGCUAAAGGAGCAGUAUCGAGGCAUAGUAAGAAAGGAGCUCGAAGAUACGGAAAAGAGAUAUAGUGAUAUGGCUUCAAUAUUGUGUGUGUUAGGCAUCCCUGUUGAAGGUGGUCAGGUUAAAGCUGCCUAUAAGCAAGCUCUUCUGAAAUUCCAUCCAGACAGGGUAUCCAGAAGCGAUAUUUAUCAACAGGUCAAAGCAGAGGAGACAUUCAAGUUUAUUUCACGCCUGAAAGAGAAGCUACCUCGUCUUCUUUGAUAGCAUAUUCCAGAUUGCGCAAACCAUCCCCAACCCUAUCUUUUUGUGCGUGUGUAUUCUCCUUGCGUAGGCAGAAAUCUUACAUGAAGAUCCAGAGUUCAGAAGAUAUUUAUUAUCCUUAGAACUAGGGCUUAGCAUUCGUUAAACUUGUGGUAGGCAUUCAUGUUAGCCGUGGCAUGAGAUUAAUACUCUUUUCUUGGUUUGUGACGGGAAAUGAUUGUACAGGACAGAUGGCAGAAAGAUCAUUCUCUUCCAGACGGCCUUUCAUAGUUUAACCGACAGAAUACCUUGGUGUCAUACAUUUGUAGUUAAGCUCUUUUGUAUGCGUUUUCACAUGACCGCAUUUGUAGUAAUGGGUAUGUACGAGACAUCAGAACAUCCCACAUGAAAUAUCUCAGACGUGUUUCUUUUA